AUUUCAUUACAAAUUAAACAAUACCAUCGAGGUUCUCCCGGUUUUGCAAGAUUCCGAAGGCUCUCUGAAAAUUUAAGUAGUGCAGAAAACGAUGGCAGUUCCAAGAUCCAUGAGCUCCUUUAUCAAAUACAUCAUUGGAAUUGUCAUGGGAAUUUUCAUUUGCUCUUAUAUCAUUAACAUGGCCAAAUUACAUAUGCAAGGCAACACUCAAAGUAAUCACAAUCGUUACAGCUUCCAUUAUUACAGGUUCCGUGGAAAAGGAAUGAUGAAUUAUAGUUCAAAAAUAAGUCACUCAGUAGCAGAUGAUUUGUACAAGAAGGUGUGCAUUCUUUGUUGGGUGAUGACAUCGCCUGUCAACCUGGAAAUAAAAGCCAAGCAUGUCAAAGCAACCUGGGGCAAGCGUUGCAACACUUUGCUGUUCAUGAGCUCGGAGAGCAAUCCUGAUUUCCCUGCAAUCGGACUGGAAACCAAAGAGGGCAGAGAGCAGCUGUACUUGAAAACCAUUAAAGCCUUCCAUUAUGUGCACCAACACCAUAUCAAUGAGGCUGAUUGGUUUAUGAAGGCUGAUGAUGAUACCUAUGUCAUUGUCGAAAAUCUCAGAUUUCUUCUUUCAAAGUACAACCCCGAUGGGCCUGUGUACAUGGGCAGGCAUUUUAAGAUGUUUAACAAACAGGGCUACAUGAGUGGAGGAUCUGGUUAUGUUUUGAGCAGGGAAGCAUUGAAAAGAUAUGUGGCAGCCUUCAAAGAUGGCACCUGUCAUCAUACUUCCCAUAUUGAGGAUGUGGAACUGGGAAAAUGUAUGGAAAUACUUGGAAUUGCUCCUGGAGACUCCAGAGAUAACCACCUAAGAGAGUCUUUUUUGCCCCUUUCACUGGAGAAUCUUCUGAAGAAAGGUCAUUAUGGCAAAGACUUCUGGCUCUGGAAGUUCACCAAUUACACAGCUAAAGACGGGCCCGAAUGCUGUUCUGACUUGGCAAUUUCCUUUCACUACGUAAAGCCCAAGUUCAUGCACGUUCUGGAGUUUUAUAUUUACCAUCUGCGAGCUGUAGGUUACAAAUACAGAAAAAGUACUGAUUUUCCAGACCCAGCCAAGGUGUUAGAAGCGCCCAAAGAAGGGAAGAGCAAGUUGAGAAGAUAAAAUGAUGGCACACUGUCCAGGAAGCAUGUGUCAAUGCUAUUUCCAUCUUCACUGAACAUGUGUCCAGUUGAGGGAAUCACACCAUUUUUACAUAAACUUGUGACAUGUCUUUAAUAUAGUAAAGCAUUUCAAAGUGCUUCUUGGGACAUCUGUCAAAUAACACGUGACAUCAAAACACACGAGGAGAAAUGGGACCAAACACUUGGUUAAAGAAAAAGGGAAAGAAGAACAGCUUGAAGGAAAAGAGUGAGACGGACAAAUUUGGGAAGGAGAUGCCAGAGUUUGAAGCUUUGAAUUGAAUGCACACUUACCAAUAAUGGAGGAAUCCAAACUGAUAUUGCAUGAGGCAGAUGGGCUCAGUUUUGUAUCAAUAUGAGUCAUUUAGAUGGCUUCAUUUCAGAAGCCUUCUCUCAGACGAGAUAGCUAUCAGUAGGUGUCAAAACUCUGCCCGAUGAAACAUCUGAACAGUGGCAAAGGGUCAAAGUCCAUGGCUGUAAUGUUGCUGGUGCAAUCACUACCUUCCUCACUUUUGAAGAUCUUGGAGCUUGAACAGUGGAGGACGUCAGGCAAAUUCGGACUCAGGUUAAACAACAUCUGACUGCAUUACGAAAGUGCAGCAGAUUACUUGCUACUGAAUGUUUCAAUAUUUGUAACGAAUCUCUUGGACUUGAUCAGUAAUUGUAAGGAUCACUGAAAGGUGCUGAGUAGGGGAUACAGAACAGAUGUAUAUUUGUACGGAGACACUCAAUGAGUGAGCCCACGUAUUGGUCGGUAUUUGCAGGGGCCCCAAUCAGAAAGGCAUGAUAUUUGCAAGGUGUAAUUGAAAAUAAUAGGAUUUAAACUUGCAUUCUUACAUAUCUUCUUAUAGCAUAGAUGGAGGCCAUUUCACCCAUCAAGUCCAUGCCAGCUCUUGGAUAUUUCCCUUCAGUUCCAUCCCCGAUUAUCACUUGUGCCUAUCAGUUCCACUCUGAUUCUCCUGUCAUUUAACUGCCCAGCAUGGCUUUGGGAUAAGGGAAGAAAAUGGUGUACCCAUGGGUUUUUCACAGGGAGAACAUGCAGACUCCACACAAACAGUACCCAAGGCCAAAAUCAAACCUGGGUUGCUGGAACUGUGCAGCACCACUGUGCUGUCCUCAAAUGGUCAGUAUUUCCAAGGGGUACUGCCGAAUAUCAAAGAAUAAACAUAAGGCAUCUGUGCCCAUAGAAGGCUAUUUGGCCAAUUAAAAUGAAAUACCUAGCUGAAUUCUGCCUUUCAGUAGUAGACCCCACGCCCUGUACAGAUGCAAUUUUCGGCCUCUUCUAUACUUUCAGGCAAUAAAUUCGAAACCUCCGCUUUAUUUCAUUUUAAAAAUCUUUUUAUUGAUACAUAAUCUUCUACAGCUUUAAAAUGGUACAAGAUUUCAGCAAAUUGAUAUAUAUAUAUAUACACACAGUUAAUAAAGCUGAAGAAAAAAAAACUUAUCAAAAAAGAAUAGUAUACGAUAAUGAAAAAAAUAUUUUUAUAAAGAAAAGAAGGAAAAAGAGGACCCCAACUACUAAAAGAAAAAUCUCAGUAACUACAAGAGAAAGAAAAAGAAAAAAGAGGAACCAACUCCCAGAGCAAUACGUCUUACAAUCAUCUCCAUCUCUCCCUCUCCCCCUCCCUCUC